AUGACAAUGCUUAAACUUGCAAUGUUGCUGCUGUUAUCAGCAUCUACGAUAAUAUCAACAAAAGCCUUUUCGCCACUAUUCCGAGGGGAAGCACGCCUCUUUCUUGAUACCGCCGACACAACGAUAUGGCAAGAACUUCUGCCAACGGGAAUCUUUCAUGGCGUCACUACGAAUCCUACUCUACUGGAACGUGCAGGGGAACCUUGCACCGUAAAAAAUCUGCACAAAAUGGCCAAACUUGUCCUGGAGCAUACGGAUGAAUUCAUGUGCCAAGCCUGGGGAUCCACUGCCGACGAAUUGUACGAAUGUGGAAUGGCCUUGUCGCAACCUUCCCGAGACCGCAUUGUCAUCAAGGUCCCAGUGACCCAAAUAGGAGUGGAAGCUGCUUCCAAACUGAUCCAAGCCAACUGCCGUGUAUGUUUGACUGCCUGCUACAAUCACAAGCAAGCCAUGAUUGCUUGCAGUGUUGGCGCCGAAUAUUUGGCACCCUAUUUGGGUCGCAUGACGGAUGCCGGAUUGGAUGGAUCGGCCGAAUGCUUGAAAAUGCAAGCUAUUACGGAGGGAAUGAAGAGUGACACUCGCAUCUUGGUCGCGAGCAUACGGAAUGCCCAAAUCAUGGUGGAUUUGGCAGCCUCAGGAAUGGAAACCUUUACCUUUUCUCCAGAAGUUGCUCGGGAACUCUUUGUAGAGCCACUGACUACGGAAGCGGCGGCUGUUUUUGAAGAAGCUGCCGCAAAUGGAGCUUCCUCAUAG